GAAAGCAGAGAAAGAACGAGGCAGGGUGCGAGUAUUUGCUGGUGCUGCUGAAGGUGAUGAUAGUAGUGAUGUUCUCACCUAACGCGCGUCGACAAAAUGGGAUGAUAUACCGACGUUGAGAAAGCUCAUAGUUUGUGAUGGAGACUUCUUAUAUUUGAAUGGACUCCACUAUGGAUACUGGAAGACGGCAGAAUUGAACAACACCAGUGAGCGUCACCCAUGUGGACCUCGGCUCUAAGAAUAUGGCGGCAGGCGUGAGGAAGAGCGCCAGGAUGGUUUGGCUGCUGGCGGCGAGCGUCCUGCUGGGGGCCGAGCUGAGCAGACUGGGCCCGAGGGAUUGGGUUGGGGUCGUCGCCCAGAACAAUGAAAGAAGGGUGCUGGCUCGAAUCCCGGGCGACAUCAUCAUCGGGGCCCUGUUUUCCGUUCAUCACCAACCGCCUGCAGACAAGGUGCAUGAGAGGAAGUGCGGCGCAGUACGAGAGCAAUACGGGAUCCAGAGGGUGGAGGCAAUGAUGCACACGUUGGAUCGGAUCAACGCAGACCCCAACAUCCUUCCGAAUAUCACUCUGGGUUGUGAGAUAAGGGAUUCGUGCUGGCACUCUGCCGUUGCCCUGGAGCAGAGCAUCGAGUUCAUCCGGGACACUCUCGUGUCCAGCGAGGAGGAGGAGAGCCAGGCCAGGUGCGCCACACCACGCGGCGUAACACCUGCGCCGCAAAGCAAGAAGCCCAUCGUGGGCCUCAUUGGGCCGGGGUCCAGCUCGGUGGCCAUCCAGGUGCAGAACCUUUUGCAGCUCUUCAACAUCCCGCAGAUCGCCUACUCGGCCACCAGCAUGACACUCAGCGACAAGAGCCUGUUUAAGUACUUCAUGCGGGUGGUGCCGUCAGACAUGCAGCAGGCCAGAGCCAUGGUGGACAUUGUCAAGAGGUAUAACUGGAGCUACGUGUCUGCCAUACACACUGAGGGUAACUAUGGCGAGAGCGGCAUGGAGGCCUUCAAGGACAUGGCGGCCAAAGAGGGCAUCUGUAUCGCACACUCAGACAAGAUCUACAGCAACGCCGGUGAGCGCGCCUUCGACCUGCUGCUUCACAAGCUACGGGCCCACCUGCCCAAAGCCCGCGUGGUGGCCUGCUUCUGCGAGGGCAUGACAGUGCGAGGCAUCCUGUCUGCCAUGCGCCGUCAGCAGCUGGUGGGCGAAUUCCUACUGGUGGGGAGUGACGGCUGGGCAGACCGCUACGACGUGACGGACGGCUUGGAGCAUGAGGCGUCGGGCGGCAUCACCAUCAAGCUCAAGUCGGCCUACGUGACGUGGUUUGAUGACUACUACCUGAAGCUGAAGCCCGACACUAACCUGAGGAACCCCUGGUUUCCCGAAUUCUGGCAGCAUCGCUUCCAGUGCAAGCUGAGGGGAGUCCCACAAGAGAGCACCACUUACAACCGCACGUGCAGCUGGAGAGAGUCACUGCGCCACCAGUAUGCCCAGGACACAAAAAUGGGCUUCGUUAUUAACGCUAUCUACUCCAUGGCGUACGGACUACACGCCAUGCAGCAGGACCUCUGCCCAGGAUAUAAGGGUCUAUGUGAGGCCAUGCAGCCCAUCGAUGGCCGCCAGCUCCUGGACUUCCUGAUGCAAACCAACUUCACAGGUGUGUCUGGAGAAAUCAUCCACUUUGAUCAGAAUGGAGACUCACCUGGCAGGUACGAGAUCAUGAACUUCAAACAAAUGGCUGAGGACGAGUACGCGUACGUGCACGUUGGCAGCUGGGACCAGGGCGGCCUGCGAAUGAAUGACGAGGAGAUCUGGAACAACGACAGUGAGGUCAUACGCUCCGUCUGCUCGGAUCCAUGUCAGAAAGCCCAGAUCAAGGUUAUCCGGAAAGGCGAAGUAAGCUGCUGUUGGACGUGCACGCCUUGCAAGGACAACGAGUUUGUGUUCGACGAGUACACUUGUCGCGCCUGCAUGCUGGGCUCGUGGCCCACGGACGACCUGCGUGGUUGCGAGCCCAUCCCGGUGCAAUAUGUGCGCUGGGGGGAUCCAGAACCCAUUGCCGCCGUCGUGUUUGCCUGCCUAGGCCUAUUGUCCACAAUCUUUGUCACAGCUGUCUUUAUCAAGUUCUGGGACACACCGGUGGUGAAAUCGUCAAGUCGCGAGUUGUGCUACAUCAUCCUGGCGGGCAUCUUUCUGGGCUACGCAUGUACAUUCAGCCUGAUCGCGAAGCCACACCUCAUCUACUGUUACCUGCAGAGGCUCGGAAUCGGCCUGUCGCCCGCCAUGAGUUACUCUGCAUUGGUCACCAAGACCAAUCGCAUCGCUCGAAUCCUGGCAGGCAGCAAGAAGAAAAUCUGCACCAAGAAGCCUCGCUUCAUGUCCGCCUGCGCUCAGCUGGUCAUCGCCUUCCUUCUCAUUCUGCUGCAGCUUGCCAUCAUUGUGACGCUGCUUGUCAUAGAACCGCCAGAGGUAAUCCAUGACUACCCCAGUAUACGUGAAGUGCACCUCAUCUGCAACCUCACCACUCUUGGGGUGGUGGCACCAUUGGGCUACAAUGGCCUGCUUAUCCUGAGCUGCACCUUCUACGCAUUCAAGACCCGUAACGUUCCAGCCAACUUCAACGAGGCCAAGUACAUCGCUUUCACCAUGUACACCACCUGCAUCAUCUGGCUAGCCUUUGUGCCCAUUUACUUUGGCUCCAAUUACAAGAUCAUCACCAUGUGCUUCAGCGUCAGCCUUAGCGCUACAGUGGCGCUCUGCUGCAUGUUCGUCCCCAAGGUGUACAUAAUGCUGGCCAAGCCGGAGAAGAACGUGCGAAGCGCUUUUACCACGUCGACAGUGGUGCGCAUGCACGUGGGCGACGCCAAGAAGGCCGCCAAGGCAGGCAAGCCGUCCAGCAGCAUGGCCAACCUGUUCCGGCGGCGCUCAUCUGCGCAGGACAAUGUCAGCACGAACGGGAAGUCUGCUGCCUGGGAGCAGAACGAGCACAGCUACAGGCCCAACCUUUGGAAGAGGAUGACCUUCCAUGUCAAGAAGAAGGACGUCAUGGAAACCAACCAAACUGCUAUCAUCAAGCCUUUCUCCACAAGCGGCGGGAGUCAAGUGGCGGCGGACGUGGAGUCUCACUGGUUCCAAGACGGUGCUCAAGCUUUGCCCCCCGAGCCCCUCGACAUCGGCGUCAUCGGCGUGGGUGAGCUCGGCGUAACGGGAGGCCCGCUAGGGGGCGCUACCGUCAGUGAGCAAAUAAACUGCGUGGUCAACAGCUUCAAUCAGAUGCCCAACGAUCGCAAGCAGAGCCAGCACCCGGAACUCGCCGUGCUCACGCCGCCGUCGCCGUUCCGGGACGCGUCGCUUAGCUCCGAGGAAAGCUACGACGCUUGUUCCUCGCGCUCACUAUCUGGUGCUUCCGAGGCUGAAUACGGGCAACUGCUGCCGCGACACUAUAGCCAAAGCGCUUCCUCUCUGUAGACGCUUUUUGGAGAAAAAUUAAUCGAGCAGUCGAUCGGUCUGUGGCUUUCAAGACGCAUCUGGAAAUGGGGGCGUGUCUGCCCAUACGUCACAACUGGGCGCUAAUCAUUACGCUGCUGAAACAGAUCACAACAAAGCACCAACGAUAUCACACGAAGGUCGGUAGAUAAACGUAUUCCUCUGAGAUUUGCACUUUCCCAAUUUCUGCUAAAUUCUUGUGCUUAAAAAUCAUUGGACAACUAGCUUGCUUCUCGUUAGCUCAUCAGUGACGCCCUAAUUUCCAAACCUGCCCCCGCCUUUCAAGCCGCUGACAGACACUCAUCAAACCUAGUUUCCAUUGAUGACCACAGACGUCCAAUCCAUUUUGACUAGGGAGGGUGGGGGCCGAACAUUCGUUCUCAGUCAAAAUGGAUAAUACGUUUAUCAUCGUCAAUGGUACAUAUAAGAUUAUGUAUAAUAAUAAUUUACAACUUGAGUGCUACAUACGUGUCUUUUUAAUGGACUAAGAUACUUUUUAAGAAGUUUUUACUGGCUCCAAAACAAACAUUUGUUCUGCUUAUCUUAAGAGGAAAAAAACAAAGGGGAUUCAAGUGGACCAAAAACCACCUCAGGACUGAUAGUGUAGCAAAGUGCUAAUAAAAAUGACAAGCUGAUUUUUAAGGUAAGAAAUCUGAGCUUUUAAAUGUAUGUUUAAAGUCAGAUUUUCAAUCAUUCAUUCUUUGUGACUUUUCUAUAGAACUGAAACUACAGUGAUGGCUUGUUUUACAGAUAAGUGGUUAAGAAAAAUUGAAACCUGUUGUUAAUGUUGUAAGUAAAAUUAUGCUUAUUCAUAUUAAUCUCAUUUUUCUUAAGAGAUCAUUUUUAGAAUAUACAGGUUGCGUAUUUGCAUGUUCAAAAACAAUUUGACUUGAAUUGUUUAUUUUAUCUGAAGCGUUACAGUUUACACUGAGUAAUUAGUCAUUGUGUAAAUAAAGUUCAUUUCAUUUGAAUGAUGUGUCCUUUACAAAGCUCAAAUGUUGUUUGUUGUCACAAUCUAAUGUGUCAAGUCUAGUGUCAAGGUUCAAGUUCAAUUCAAAGUAGGCUUUGGAGGAGGAGGUAAGGAAAAUGCUUCUGAAUUAUUUUCAGUUACCCCCCCCCCCCCACCAAACCCCAUGAAGAUGUUAACUUUUCACACCCCCUCCAACUCUGCCGCCACUAAAUAGUAUCAUUUGUCUAUGAAGUUAUUAUUAUUAGAAGUACACUUCUGCAUUUGCCUGGCACGGCCAGACUGUUCUCCUGGUAUUUUUCAAACACUGAGAGAACAGUCUGGGAACCAGCCCAUUAACGGCCUCUCGAGCAGGUACAAAAUCAAUCGACAAAUCAGAUUCGUUUAUUUGCGUGAUGUGUUCUUAAUGAGCAAUGUCACUCUUGCGCGUCGGAAGUCGUCUCCACAACAACACAGAUGGUGAACAGGAGAGCCGAGAAUAUGUUCCAAUCCACGGUAAAAUCAGUUUUAAAUUACCAAAAACACAUCGACACGAGUCAUUGACAACAGUCUGUCUCGCGCUAGCCAUGUUGAAUAAACUCCGCUCUCCUCGUAUGUUUACUUCCGCGCGCAAGUCCCUCGUCCUGCCCUCGUCGUUUUAUUAACGUCACGUCUGCCCGUCGCUGAUUGGUCCACUCCGCUGUCUGUUUGCUUGGGCUUGCUCCGCCCUGGAAAUUGUAUCCGCUGAAUGGUGGCCAGACUCAAUAGCUGGAACAGCGGUGAGUCUGGUGUACCAGGCAACUUCUGCAUAACAUCGUGUCUGUUUUAAUAUUAAAGAAAAAAAUAAUAUACUUACAAUAAAGUACAACUUUGCUAACAUUUUGUUUGUAACAGAAAAGACUUAAAGCGCAUCAAUUUGCC